AUGACUUAUCUAGUAAACAAACCCGAUCGAAAAGCCAAAGAAGUUUCAAAAUUGGACUUCACAGGGCAUUUACCUAUUAUGGUGUUGGGGGAAAAUUCACUAGCACGUAGGCCGACAAAAGAAAGUGUUGACAAUAAAGAAGAUCGGCACCUUCUUUAUAUGGUAGAAGAGCAGGUCGACAUUGUACAUGAGUUGGCGCAAGAACCAGUUGUUAAGUAUGGGAAUACAACCGUGAUAAAUAAUGGUAUUGGAAGACAAGAGUUUGCUCUCAUGCAGUCCAGUUUAUGUUCGGGGCGUCAGUUCGUAGUAGAAUACAGGAUACAAGAUGUUGUACGAGAACAGCAAUCAAAAGCAAUGUCGAGGGGGACUAUACCGAUAUUACAAUGGUGCCAUUCGAAUGAUGUUGCCCAAACCAGGAGAGAAUCCGAUCGUUGCAACUAUUCUUGGGGCAGCUGCACUGCGCGCCGAACCGGUGUCUUGGCGGGCAAUGCAUGGACGAAAGAGAAGUCGAAGACACUGUGUCGUCUUGUGGUCCCGAACGUUCAAUCUACCGAAGCAAGAAUUCCGGAAACCAUGUGUCAUGUGCCGAAGGGUGAAAAGCAGAAUAAAUCUCAAGAAGGUAGCAAGAUUCCGAAAAAUCCAUUUAUGUUAGUCGCAAAUAAAAAAGAUCGUAAACGCGUUGCAAAUUAUCUUAAUUGUAAUCUUGAAGGUGGGGAUCCCUCUACUUGUAUAUGUAAUGUGGAAAUCAUUAAACGGCAUGGUUUUAAUUAUAUCAUUACCAUCGGGGAAAGUCUCGCUGGAGUUCUUUUUCUGGACUGCUACGGUCGUGUGUUCAAAUGUGGGACUCAAUUUUAA